GAAGAGGAGGAGGAGGAAGAGCCCGAGAGGCCGCAGCAGCGCGGCUUCACUCCGAGGCGGACUGUCUGUCAGACACACAUUCGAUAAUAUUCGUUUAAUUAGCUCGAUGCUGUCGCGUGUCGCAGCCCUCGAAACACAACAAUGGAGUCCAACAUUAAGGAGAUAAUAGAGGAAUUCAUGGGGAGUGCGUUGGCGCAAUGGGCCGAGCUGUUCGAGGGUAUGGUGGGGAGUGAAGACGGGGUCGCGCUCGACAGUCAGUACAUGGAAGUCAACUCAAGCGUCAAGAGCGCCCGAGACCGCUACCUCAGGCUGACCAAUGGGAUUUUCCUCAAUGAGGUCAUGAGGAUCAUAGACCCGAACCCGAAGGUGGAGCAGCUGUACAGCGGCGACAGACACGACCACAUGCUGAGGGUCCAAAACUUUUCCAUCCUGAACCGACACCUCCGGGCCUUUUACCAGGAAGACCUGCAGCAGUUGAUACUGAUGCCUCUCCCCAAUGUUGCCAUUCUGGGGCAGGACCCCCUAACAGAGGCUGCUGUGGAGGAGCUCAGGCGGCUGCUGCUGCUGCUGUUGGGGAGCGCAGUGCAGUGUGAGAAGAAGGAAACGUUUAUUCAGCAGAUCCAGUCUCUGGACAUCGAGACCCAGGCAGCCAUCGCCAGCUCCAUUCAGCAGGUGACUCAGGAUCCUCGCAUGGUGCUGCCGCUCCAGUGGGAGGAGCUGGUGCAGGCCGAGGGUGCAGACUUACAGCUGGUGUUUAGCUUCAUGGCCAAACAAAUCCAAAGCCUGCUGGCACAGAGAGACACACAUCUGGAGAGGAUGGCGGAGCUCUGUCGGGAGCGGGAAGCCCAAGCCGACUCCACCGCGGCGCCCCUGGGAGCCCACAGCGAGGAGCCGCCCCAAGGCCUGGCUCUCCAGCUGGCAGACAGCAAGGCCAAACUCCGCCGCCUUAAACAACAACUAGAAGAUAAAGGAGACCAGAUACUGGAUUACAAGCAGGAGAUACAGAUGAUGGAGGAGCAGCUCAAGAAGCUCCAGAAAGAGAACCGAUCUCUGCAGGGUGAGGUGAGGGGCAUGCGUGCACUGCGGGAUGAGCUGGACUGCGCCCGAGAGCGAGCCGCGCGGUCCGAGCAGCUCCAGACUGAGCUUCAAAGCUGCAAGCACAGAUUGCGCAGCCUGGAGCUCACGCGCACUCAGCUGAAGGAGCAGCAGCAGCUGUGCGCGGCGCUGCACGAGACCAAAACUCUGCUAGAGGAACAGCUGGCGGACGCCCGGGGACGCUGCUCCUCGCUACGGGAGCUGGAGAGGGACAACCUGCUGCUGCGGCAGAGGGUCAUGGACGUGGAGGCAGAGCGGGACACCGAGAGGCAGCGGGUUGACGAGCUGUUGGAGAUGAACAUGAGCCUGGAGGCGGACCUGCGGCUCCGGAGCAGCAGCGUUCCCGCGCCGCUCGUCUCCGCCCACCACCGCUUCCUCCAAUCGGAGCUGGACUCCGACGAGGAGCCGAGCGAGCUGAUUGAUCAGAAGCCGCUGAGCGUGGAAGUGGGCGAAGCGUCGGCUCUGAGGCUGCUGGGAGCCGAGCAGGAGAACGCAGAGCUGAGGAGGCGACUGGAGGAGCUGCAGGCCCAGCAGGAGGCGGAUCCUCCAGAUGUGAAGGAUGAGCUGGCUUGCCUCGAGAUGGCGCAUCAAAACACACUCAGAGAGGUUCAAAACGUGAAGAAUGAAAAUGCCACUUUAAAGCAGCGCUUGGAGCAGCUGUUGACCAAACUUCAGCACCUAGAAGACACGAGGAAGGAGGAAGGGGUGAAAAAGCUCAACAGCGAAGAGGAGAAGGUGGUGCGAGGAGUCCAGGGCUCCGAGUCCCGUCGGGGCGAGGGGGAAGGAAGGGUGAGGGUGACGGAGGAGAGAGAGAAACGAGGGGAAAUCAUUGGAAGCCAGCGGGAAGCCGGCGUUGGUGAAGAGAUCCUUCAUGGAGGUGAACCGUGUGGUGAGGAAAUCCACACCAAGAAGAGGGGGGAGGCGGAGGGCGGCUGGAAAGAACGGGAGAAACGAGACAAAGAAGCCGAGCCAAAGGAAGAGGAGCAGAGUGCAGCAGCAGCUUCAGUCAGUCAGAAUCCGCCAGAAGAUCAACCACAGACUGACGCUGAAGGCCGGGACGCCUGUUCUUCAUGCGGUCCUGAUGUGGAACAUCUGGCACGGCGCCUCCUGGAGGCUCAGGAGGAGGCCGACCGGCAGGCGGUGGCAGCCCAGGACCUGCGCUCCCAGCUGGGGGAGCAGAGCAGGAAAACCUGGGAGGCCGAGCAGAGGCUGGUGCUGCUGGAGGCGGAGCUCCAGCGCCUGAGGAAAUCCACCGAGAGCCUGGUGGAGGCUCGCAGGCAGAUCGAGGUCCUGCAGUCGGAGGGUCUGGUCGUGGAGGAGGAGCUGUGCCGCCUGCGGAGCCAGGCGGAGCUCCACAGGAUGCAGACGACGGUCAUCGCCACCCUGGAGGGCGAGCGAGCCGCGCUGGAGAGAGACAGGGACACGCUGCGCGGCACGGUGGACGCCCUGCGCGCCGCCCAGCGCAAGGGCGACCAGUUGGAGCUGACCGCUCAGACCCUCAGAGCGGAGCUGGAGCGACAGGGCCGCGCUCUGGACACGUCGCGCCGCCGGGAGGAGGAACUGGAGGCUGAGCUCCGUGAGGCCGCGCUGGAGGCGGAAUCGCUGGCCAGGGCGCGGGACCAGGCGCUGCUGGAAGCCUCCCGGUUAGAGCAGGAGAAGGAGGCGUGUCAGUCGGAGCUCGACAGCGGACGUAAGGAGGGAAGGCAGAAGGAGAGGGAGGUGGCGAGGUUAAGGCAGCAGCUGGAGAGCACCACCUUGGCCCUGGAGCACAGCAAUCAGAGAGCUCGGGCGCUGGACGCCGAACACAGACGUGUGUGUCAGCAGCUGUCGGAGUCCAAAGAGCGCUGCACUCAGCUGCAGGACCUGGAGAAAGAGCUCAGCACUCGAUUAAGCAGCGUGGAGGAGGGUAAACAGCAGCUGCAGGAGCAAUAUGUAGAAGUCCAGGCCAAGAUUAGCUCUCUGUCCCAGAAUCUGUCCAGUGAGCAGGCACAUUCUCACAAACUGGCUGCCGAGGUCGAACAUCUGAGCCAGAAGCUACAAAGAGCUCAGGCUGAACUGAAGGUGGCAACGGUCUCUCUCAGUCAGUCCCAGGAGAACGUAGAGUCGCUCUCCCAGUGCCUCAAGAAAAGCGAGUCCCUGCUUCAGCUGGAGAAAAGACGACGGAGUGCAGACUCAGAUUUGCCACAAAAAGAGGAGACGUCACCUCCGGAUCAAAGUCCUGAAGUCGGCGAAGGUCGCGACCUUUCUGUGGCUCCUCCGCACACAGCGGGAGAGACAGAGAGGUGGCUGAGCGCGAGGGUGGCGGAGCUGGAAAAGGAGAAAGCGGCGGUGGCUGCAGGACAAGAGGCUCUGCUGACACGGCUGUCUCAGUCCCAGGAGGCGAGCGAGCACCUUAAGGAGCAGCUGGAGGCUCUGCGCCGACACUCCAUCAGCCUGCAGGACUCCUGCACCCAACUGCAGACGCUCAACACCCAGCUGCAGGUUGAGCAAGCCUCUCUGAGCUCGCAGCAUGCGGGAAUUCUGGCGCGCUGCAGUGAGAGCGAGGCCCGCUGUGCCGCCCUGGAGGCCGAGGCCAAGGUGUGGGCGCGGGACCGCGAGGAGUCCCUGGCCAGGACGGAGGCUCUGCGGCGGGACCACGAGCGCAUGACGCUGCUGCAGCAGCGGCAGGAGGUGGAGCUGGAGGAGCUGCUGGACAAACAUUCCCAGCUGAGGAGCAACAACCGCAGCUUGGAGGCGCAGCACAGGGAGCUGGAGGGCAGGUACAAGGAGCUGCUGGAUGGCAAAGCGCAGCUGGAGGAGAGGGAGCGAGAGAUGAGGAUGGAGAGAGAGAAGAUGGAGGCAGAGGCCCAGAGGAGGCUGGAGAGAGAGCGAGAGCUGGAGAGGCUGAAGGAAAACAAUGAGAGGCUGCAGGCCCAGCAGAGGGAGUGGCUGGCGUCGCAGGCGGAGCUGCUGGCUCAGGGCUCGGUGCUGAGGGCGGAGCUGAGCGCCUCCCAGCUGGAGAGGACCCGGCUGGAGGGCGAGCUCAGCACCCUGAGGGAAACCAACCAGAGCCUGGACCUCAACAGCGCCAGGCUCACCAGCCAGUACCAGUUACUGACCCAGCUGAAGGGGAACAUGGAGGAGGAGAACCGACACCUCGCCGAGCAGAAUCAGAGCCUGCUGAAGGAGAACCGAGCCUUGCUGGAGCAGAGCCUGGAGCGCCGUGACCAGCACUAUUCACAGCAGAGGGAGUACCAGGAGAAACUGAGCGAGCUCCGUCGGGAGAAGCAGAAGUUGGUGGAGAAGAUAAUGGAUCAGUACAGAAUCCUGGAGCCCAGCAUGCCACUUCCGCCCAACAAGGCCAAGAAAUCUAACUGGAUUGCAGACAGGAUGAAGAAGCUAAUCAAACCCCGGGGAGGAGGAAGAGAGGGACGCGCCCUCUUCACUGCCGCGGGGAGCGUGGAAAACCUGGCCGACAGCUCCGAAUUCACAUCAGACACGCACACGGCGCAGUCUGACCCCCGCAGCGCGCCCGUCUCUCCCUCUCCUCUGAGGAAAACCCGAUCCCAGACCGACCCGGAGAGCCCAGUCCCGGGCACGCCCACCGCCCGCUCCGGCUCGGGGGGCCGCCGUAAGCUGGGGUCCAGGCACGGCUGGGGGUUGGGUUUGGCCAGGCAGGGCUCGGGGGUGUCCCAGUCCUUCAGCCCGGGAGACAAUAAGACACAUCCCCGCCUGCGCCUCCGCUCCAGCCAGAACUCGUCCUCGGUCCUCUGGGAGGGGGACAAGGGCGACGCGAAGACGCCUCAGGAGGCCGACGCCCCGACGGCCCGUCAGCAGAGCGUCGAGGAGGACGAAGCAAAAGACACUCAACACUCCAGCGACGAAACGUCCGACAAAGAUCUACAGACUCACUCCAGCUGAAUCCAGUAGAAGGGCUUCUCUAUUGGCUGCUUCCAGCAAGCUGUUUAAAAUGCAUCUUCGUGUAUGUCAGUAUUUUUGAAUAUAUGAAUAAAUUUCCUGAAUUAGUGAUCUGUGGUUGCUGAUAUAAAUGAUUUACCAAACUCUCUAAAUGGAGGAAUAGCUCCACCAGAGUGCCGAUAUUCCUGGAUCCGAUACAAAUAAAAACAUUUAUCUGUUCCAGGUUUUUUUUCCACCUCAUGUAGGACUGUCCACAAACAGAAAACUGUCAGUCACGUUUCAUUAGCCAUAUGCUAGAUGUUUAUACCAACGUAAUUCGGCAUGGCAAUUAAAUACAGCACGUUACACCCAAUAUCGCAGUUAGUUAUAAUAACAAAUAGUGGAAAUUUUCAAGCAACAAGCUCAUUCUUUUUUUCUUCAAACCCGCUGUUGUUCUCGUCCUCUAUUCACAGACACAGUUGUAGUAAAGCAGCUCUGUGUUGAGCUCCCAGCAGUCUGCAGGUCCAUGAAUGUCCACAACAAGGCCCUGAGAUUACGGUCUGAGGCAUAAUGAGCCACACAGACUUUUGCCAGCUCCUGUGUGUUUGCAAAAAUUGAGAGUACAAUCCCGGCUGAAGCUCUCAACAUGUUGAGGCUAAAUGUCUGUUGGCUCAACGGAGGCCGGAGGCCCGAGGAAGAGCGGAGAAGACGG